ACUUCAGGAGGGGACUGAAGCCACAAAAACCGCCAGUCAUGUCGAUACGUCUUCGGACAGACUGCAUCUGAACGCCCCUAGCGGCGGCCGUAGUCUCUGUAGUUUUCGGUGUUACGCGGCCGCCGGCAUAACCUUUACUGUGGUGUCGGUAGCCCUUGUCACCAUGGGGCUUCUCCUCAUGGUGUCAUUCAACAAAACGUCGCGACUGUCCACCACUGUCGGCGCCCUGAAACGCGACCUGGCCAACGAGCGAAACAAAACCGCUUACCUAAACCAGCGUCUUCUCGACCAGAUGGGCAACAAGACGACGCCAGUGUCUUGUAAAGAAAGCAGAAAGUGGUCCGAUACGUCUGUAGCUUGCCCCGAAGGAUAUACCAAGUUCCGAGGAGUCUGCUACCAGUCGCGCGACAUCCGUACAACGUUCUGGGACGCUGACCUGGCCUGCUUUCAGGACGGCGGGACCCUCGCCAUGCCCCGAGACGCCGACACCAACGCCUUCCUGGUCUCCCUCUCCCAGUCCGUCAGCAACGACACGGACUUCUGGCUCGGCCUGCACGAUCAGCGCGAGGAGGGGAAGUUUGAGUGGGUGGACGGCACCGCCCUUUGCGGGUACGACUCCUGGGCUCCGGGACAGCCGAACAGCGUUCUGUCUAUCGAAGAUUGCGUUCUGGUCUCCGCCACUGUCACCGACUUGUGGCCGAAUAAAUGGUACGACGCUGCGUGCCAUCGCCGCAUGUUCUUCUUCUGCCAAGUCGUACCAGGACAGAUGUAAGCAUCUAUAAAGCAGAAAAACCUACUAAGCUGAAAU